GACCCCGACCUCCCCGAGCGCGCGCGCAGCGUAGUGCCCGGCUCCUAGGAGCCCGCUCCGUUGGCAGCCCGCCGCGCCCCGCGCUCGGACAUGGACGUGGCCGCUGCGCCCGUGCCCGCGGCCGGAGAUGGCCCGGAUUUGGGGUCCGGGGCGCGGGGGUCUCCCCCCGAGGCUGCUUCUGCUGUUGCUGCUGCUGCUGCGGCGAUCUCAGAGCCCAGGAAGCCGCACGGAGUGAAGCGGCAUCAUCACAAGCAUAAUCUGAAGCACCGCUAUGAGCUGCAGGAGACCCUGGGCAAAGGCACCUACGGCAAAGUCAAGAGGGCCACCGAGAGGUUUUCGGGCCGAGUGGUUGCUAUAAAAUCCAUUCGUAAGGACAAAAUUAAGGACGAACAAGACAUGGUUCACAUCAGACGAGAGAUUGAGAUCAUGUCAUCCCUCAACCAUCCUCAUAUCAUCAGUAUUUACGAAGUGUUUGAAAAUAAAGAUAAGAUUGUGAUCAUCAUGGAAUAUGCCAGCAAAGGGGAGCUGUAUGAUUACAUCAGUGAGCGGCGCAGGCUCAGCGAGCGUGAGACCAGACACUUCUUUCGGCAGAUCGUCUCAGCCGUGCACUACUGCCACAAGAAUGGUGUGGUCCACCGAGACUUGAAGCUGGAAAACAUCCUGCUGGAUGACAACUGCAAUAUUAAGAUAGCUGACUUUGGCCUCUCCAACCUGUACCAGAAGGACAAGUUUUUACAGACAUUCUGUGGGAGCCCACUCUAUGCAUCACCUGAGAUCGUCAAUGGCAGACCUUACCAUGGACCUGAGGUGGACAGCUGGGCCCUAGGUGUAUUGCUUUACACUCUGGUUUAUGGAACAAUGCCCUUUGAUGGUUUUGAUCACAAGAACCUCAUACGACAGAUCAGCAGCGGAGAGUACCGGGAACCCACACAGCCAUCAGAUGCUCGAGGUCUCAUUCGGUGGAUGCUGAUGGUUAACCCUGACCGCCGGGCUACCAUUGAGGACAUAGCUAAUCACUGGUGGGUAAACUGGGGCUACAAGAGCAGCGUCUGUGACUGUGAUGCCCUGCACAACUCAGAGUCCCCUCUCCUGGCUCGCUUCAUUGACUGGCACCACCGCUCCACGGGGCUACAGGCAGAGGCGGAGAACAAAAUGAAGGGCCUGGCUAAACCAGGGGCCUCUGAGGCUGGACUGGAGAGACAGCGGUCACUAAAGAAGUCCAAGAAGGAGAAUGACUUUGCACAAUCGAGCCAGGACUCGGUGCCUGAAAGUCCAUCCAAGCUGAGUUCCAAACGGCCCAAAGGGAUCCUGAAGAAGCGGAGCAACAGCGAGCAUCGCUCCCACAGCACCGGUUUCAUCGAAGGGGUGGUCAGCCCGGCCCUGCCCUCUGCUUUCAAGAUGGAGCAGGACUUGUGCCGGACAGAGGGACCCCUGCCGAGCUCCCCAGAGGCAGAGGUGCCUGGUAAACUCAGCCCCAAACAGUCAGCCACCAUGCCCAAGAAAGGCAUCUUGAAAAAGACGCAGCAGAGAGAAUCAGGUUAUUACUCAUCUCCGGAGCGCAGCGAGUCUUCUGAGCUGUUGGACAGUCAUGAGAGCCGGGGCAGCAGCCUCGCCUCCCCCGUUCUCCCGGACCCUGCCAGAGUCACACCCCACAGCCUCUCCUGCCGCCGAAAAGGCAUCUUAAAACACAGCAGUAAGUACUCAGCAGGCACGCAGGACCCGUCGCUCACCAGUCCUGAAAUACCUGCCUUGGGAUCCUUGCUGGAGCCUGGAGUCGUGGCCGAGGGCCUGUCCCGGAGCUACAGCCGACCAUCUAGCAUCAUCAGUGAUGACAGUGUCCUGUCCAAUGAUUCCCUUGACCUGCUGGAUUUGCAGGAGAACCGCCCUGUCCGCCAACGCAUUCGCAGCUGUGUCUCGGCAGAAAACUUUCUCCAGAUCCAGGACUUUGAGGGGCUGCAAAAUCGGCCCCGGCCCCAAUACCUGAAGCGCUAUCGGAAUCGACUAGGGGACAGCAGCUUCUCUCUCCUCACAGACAUGGAUGAUGUGACUCAGGUCUACAAGAAAGCUCUGGAGAUCUGCAAUAAACUCAACUAGCUCUCCAGGGUUCAGGGAGAAGGGAGGGACAGUGACUGGAGCAGAUGAGUUGGUUGCCUCAUAGCUGGCCAGCAAAAGAAACUGGAAAAAAAAAAAAAAAAAGGAUUAGUUGCCAUCUGGUUUGGCCAAGUUUGCAGUCUGGAGCUGGUACCUCCAAGGCAGAAAUGGGCUCUCUGUCAGUCCUGUCAUUUGUCACUCAGAAUCGGGGGUCUUAAUUGGCAUUGGCUUGAAGGCACUUCCCAAGGACCAGCUGCCAACUGCUGUGGUAUAGGCUUGCACAGAGGGGAAAAUAGAGGGAAAAGGGUGCAUUCUCUCAAAGCCAUCCAAGUAUUCUGCAAAGAUGACAAGAGAGAUGGGGCUCCGAUUAGGCUGUGUGCAAAGAGCUAGCUCCUUCUGCUGGCGCAGAGCAAACUUGGUCUGAAACUUGUGGCUGGCCAGUUGAGGGUUGACUAGCAUCCUGAUUCUGAAUUAAUAGGCCAUGGAGAGUAGAUACUAUGUGUGCUGCUUUGAUAAGCCCAAGCACUUGGGAAGGAGUGUUGGGAAUUGAAUAGUGAUGUCUGUGUGGAAGGGAAAGGGCCAGGGAGAUGCCAUCCUUGACCUGGCUAAGCCAUAGGAGUUAGGAAGGCAUCCUGGGUAAGCCCCACAAUUCUCUCAUGGAUUGAGGCAGCAUUUGUUAAUUGGCUAUUCCACAUUGAAUGGAAGCAUUUGGAGAGAGGUGGAGGGAGAGAAUGUACUCCAAACGUUGGUAAGAACUAAGAGUCAGCCUCAUGGGAAUCUUUUGCCUGCUUGCUGCCUUUUCUCCUGUUCGCUUUGAUCCUCAGUACCACCUCCCACAAGCAGGCACAGAAAAAGAUGGUGUGGCAGAGGUCAAAACUAAUAGAGCUCUGGUGUUUGCACAGAUGAAAGGAAGUGGAUCCACACCAGUGAGGAGGCAGUUUGUCAAUUUUUGUCCAUUUCUGUAAAUCUCAAUAGUAACUGGAAUGCUGCCUCUUGGGCUUCUCACCUGUAUUAAUGCAUUGAAUUGAUGCAAACCUGUUCUUAAUUUCUGAAGAAGUAACUGGCUUAACUUUGCCCUGAUGUUGCCCUCAUAGUGAUUGGUGUCCCUGUUCUUCAGGGGUAGAAUCCUCACAGGUAGGUAAGUUUGCUUCUUGGGACUUAGUACGUAGUUAGAAAAUUUGAAUGAGGAAAGAAAAGUCAGACAGAAGGUGCCUUUUCCCACAAACACAGGUAUUUGAUGUUUUUGAGUGCCUGUACUUUGGGGGAAAAGGAAGUUUCAUACUUAUAAUGACACGUGUUGAAAGAACAGAGUGAGCUGAGAGGAAAUACAUGAGAGCAUUUUCCUUAGAAGUUCAGGAGGUGACCAAGAAGAGGUGUAGCACAACUCAUACCUUCAAAAGUCACAAAACUAGGUGUCUAUCUUCAAAGCACUCUUAUUACAGGAGAGAUGACAUCACUCUCACAUCUUUAGAAACUGAAUUUAUGAUUAAUAAUCUUAGGUAGGAAUUAUGGAUGGCCAGAUUGUACUAACUUGGGAAUAGCUAAAUUCUUGUUUCAAGAUGGUGGACCUAGAAAUUUAAAGAUUCAGUGUGAGGUAUUUUUUUGGAAACCAAUAGACAUUCAUUCAUAGGGGGAAUGAGAAUAAAUUGCAGUAAACUACAGGAAGUUUCCCAGUGUCCUUCUAUCUGAUACCACCUCCUUCCUAAACUCCAAUAUAGGUUCAAAGGGAAAAAUUUAUAGGAUUGUAUUUGGGGGUGUAGAAGUGCAUGGAGGACAGCUGCUUUCUCUGAGAUCUCUUUCUUAUCGCAUUUAUGCAACCCUUUGUGGAUACCCUAUCCAGUCACAAUGCCUACCCCCAUGCCUGAGAGUUGGCAAUGUUGGUAGCUGUCAGUACCCUGAGGGAAAACACCUACCUCCUGGUUGCUGUGUUUUUUUCCUUCUGUGAAAUGAUGACAUCUAUUUAAUAUUUUCCAUCCAUCUAAUCUGUAAGUAAGCAAGGGAUGCUAUGAAGUAAAAUCAAUUCUACUUCUGUCCUCCCCUAUGUAUAUUCUCUGUUGUCAAUAAAACACAGAUGGAGGAUUAUGACAAUGAAAGUUCUCCAUUCAAAGCAGAGAAUCUGAGUUAGUCCUGGGGAGCUUCCAAUUAAUAUGUGGCUAUAGGGUAGGUCAUAUUUGGGGGGAUUAAGUGCUUCCUUUGUGAGAAUUGGAGGGAUGGAUACCAGCAUCUCUCUGUCCCAUCUGGUCUGAUAACUCCUCACAUCCUCUCUUUCUAGACUUUCACUUUCUACUCAAAGAAAUACUUGGAACAGAGGGGAAAGCCCUGAAAAGCAAUUCCUUGUUUUCUGAUCCUUUCCUCCCUACCAGCCAAUCAUCCCCAGCCCAGGAAAUUAUGCUUGAUUCAUUUCCAGGGAAUUACAAGAGCAAGAGAGAGACACAUCUGUGAGCUGGUGGACCAAACCGGAGAUUCCCCGUCAGCUCUCCUCUGCCUUUGGGGGCCUUUUGGUGUCUUAGUUUACACAUUCGCCAAAGGAGUAGAAUUAUACUUCUUUUUACAGGUAAAUAUCACAGCAUGAUCAGUUUUCAGGAUGUGCUUCAAGAACCCAGGUGAAAUAAAAAUGUUUAGGACUCUCUGAAUCCCCAGCCCUGUUCUAAGGUGCUGCUUCUUUAGCUGAGGGGAGCACUUUUCAGGGUAAAAUUCAGGUGAGUGUUGCUCACGCCUGCUGUCUUGAGUACAAAUGUGAAUGAUUGACUGACUGCUUGUUGCCAAACUGGAAAUGUUCUGUAGGGAUUUACUGGCAUGGUAUCAUUCCUAGAGGAAAAAAAAAUAGAGAGAAACUUGACUGCACAUUAAAAAAAUAAAUCCGUGUUGUGACUUUUAUUUAAUUUCUAUUUUUUUGGUAAUAAAAAGUCGACUUUUUUAUUUGAAUCUGUCUUUUUUUAAUUUAUUGGUCUGAAAGGCAUUUCAAAGGUAUUAUAAUAAUAUAUUGGUGUAAUUUAAUUGGUGCAACAUGCUUUAUGGCUCCAGUCAAAAUUGGUUUUCACUCAUUUGAUUGGUUUGAGCCCAGAACAGACUACAAGAAGGGAAAAAAAAAAAAGCUGGAUAGCCACCCAAAGUGUUUGUGUUUUCAUUGGAAACUGAUUUCUGUUUUGUGUUGUUUUUUGAUUAUUUUUUGUUUCUGUUUUUAUUUUAAGUUAAAUAAAUGACAAUUAACUGAACUGAA